AUGCCUGCGUACGCCAUCCUGGUCGCUGUCCUUAUUCAGCUGGCCCACGCUGCAGAAUUUAAGGCCGUUCAUGUAUCAGCAGAUGGCAACCCUGAAGCCUUGCCACUUCGCGGUCAUUCCGCGGGUUAUGUGAGACGAGAACACAGGUCUCAGGAUCCGAGCUUAGCACAGCUUGUGCCGCAGCCGGUUAUCAAGGCCGUGGAGGAUGCCACUGAAGCAGUGUCACAUGUCAAAUCGGACAGCGCCAUUGGUAUUUGGAAGGCCGAGGAGAAGCAAGCAUCAAUCGCCAUGUCGCUUUCGCUCUUGGCCUCGCUGAGCUUUGUGCUGACGGUAUUCUACAUGUGGAACACCCCGGCCCUCGAGGUUGCCACCAGGAAGGUCCUGGUCUCUAGCAUCUCUCUGUUCUCGGUGGUGCUCCUCUUCAUGGUCAUGAAGAAGCUUUGGAAGCUGGCUGCGGGGUCGACGUCGAGUGAGUCCAGGAUCCUGAGCGAUGUCUUCUCCUUUCUACGUUUCUUGAUACUGUACAUGUUGCCCAGUCUCCUGCGGAAGCGGCUGGAGAAGCACAUGGGGACCGACCGCAUGCGGGCCUUUCAGAUCGCAGGAGUGCACCUCAUUGGCUUUGCAGGUGCCGAUGCAUUCUCAGAUUUUCUGAAGAUAGAGGUCUUCAGUGCCUCGCCGUAUGGAUACUUUCUGGGAGUUGGCUGCAUGACAGUGCUGCUCGGCCUCAUGAGCUGGGUUUCGGCGAGGCUGAGGAAGGAGCCUCAAACGGCGGAGGCAACCCCUCUCGCAGAGUCCGAUGCGACACAGGGCGAUGCGGGUGAGGCUCCGCAGCCAGAGGCUGAGACCACGGCCUCGGCUCCGGAAGCGUCCGGCAUGACGCAAGUAGUGGAGACAAUGGAAGUUGAGAUCGGAGGCUUUGUUGUCGGGUUCCUGGCUUCGAUGUGGGUGCGCUUCACGGUAACGGGAGCCGUGCCGGGGGCCAGGUUCAGGCACGGUGAAAGUCUACAGAUUUCAGGAGAAGAUGUGUCAUGGUUGUUUUGCUUCUGCUUGGCCGCCUUCUUCUUUGCCGCAGUUGCCGUGCGGCUGCCGGCCACUGCGUCCUCGGGGACGAGAAUGCAAUAUUUCCUACAGCGAAGUCGCAGGACGUUGUCCGAGAGUCUGCUGAUGUCCUUUGCUUGGCUCGUCUUCUUCCUUUGCCAGUGGUUCCUUUGGCACAUCACGGCUGAUGGUGCGGACGGCUCGCACCACACGGCCAAACUCACGGCCUCGAACGCUUUGGCUCUCAUGGCAUCAGCCUUGGUCUUCCUUCCGAUGGUUUUUGCAAAGCUUCUGGGGAAAGCAGAUUGGAUUCUUUCCAACUCCGAAGCUUUCGUGAAAGUGGCGGCUCUUGUCCUGGGCUUCUCCUGGGAGACCGCAGUCUACAUGGUCGUGCAGGGUGCCUCCGAGAGCACCGAAGGUGAGGCUACGAAGAAGUUGCUUGGGAUUACGACGAUCCUGCUCAUCCUCCUUUUCAUUUUGCCCGGGUGGUACAUGCACAUGCUGCCCGAGCCAAAGCCCGAACAGGAGAAGGAGCCAGUGGCCAAGGAAAAGGCAGAGGAGGUGUCAACGUGA